UUGUGCUACACGUUCGUGAAGAUCGAAAGAGCCGACCGAGCGUUCUUAUCUGGGUGGGUGUGUGUGUGUGAGUUGUUGGUUUCUCGCCGCCACGUCCUUAUAUUUAUUUACAAUGAACGCGUGGACGCAGUACUUUAAAUCCAUCCCGACGCAUAUGGAUUAUGAUGGCCAAGCUAGAGCAGAGAAAUAUUCGCGAGUUAUAAUAACAGUAUUUGGUGUGGUUGGGUUAAUCUGGGGUUACGUUAUUCAACAAUUCUCACAGACAAUUUAUAUUUUGGGUGCUGGUUUUGUUAUGGCAGCAUUAAUCACCGUACCUCCAUGGCCUAUGUAUCGCCGCAAACCAUUGGAUUGGCAAAAGCCGCAGUCUGAAGUUACCACUAAACUCAAGAAGAAAAAAUAAUCGCAAAGUACUUUUGUGAUAUUAUUUUAAAUGUAAUACAGCAAAGCAUAGUGCAAUCUUGUUUACAACAAUGUAAAUUUGAUUGCUGAAAAUGGAGAUCUAUAUAUACCACUAAGCAUUUAUCUUUAUGUAAUCAUGAGAUACGAAUGUCUUUAAUGUGUGAAUGCGGAUGUAUGUCAAAAUAAGUGCAAAUGUGAAAGAUUAGGUCUUUUCGUAAGAUUUAAAAUACAAAUAUAUGUGCACUGUAAUAGUUGUUGGUUACAUAAAUGUGAAUUAUAAAAAUACAUUUUAUUUGGAUAAGAA